GGUAGCCCAGAUGCGGUCACAUUGAAUUCCGCGUAAAUAUUCAACUUUUUCGAAAGUGAAGCGUGAUUUACUCAAUUAAAUAGUGCGCAAAUAAUAGAACAAGCUUCGUUGCGUUGGCAUUGAAUGCCCAAAAACGAAUUGGAGGACUUGGCAAUAUGAGAUGGACCUGCAACAGUUCCUUUCCCUGGAACGCCAGCAACUGCAAAAGGAGCGCCAGCGCCUGGCCACCCAAAAUCCUUGUCCCGCCGCCCAGCUAAUGAAAUCACCGGACUUCAAAGUGCAAUGUCGCAGGGCCAAGGAGUUUAAGGAGUCCACGGAGUCCAAUGAACCCGCCGCCACACCAUCGUCUUCCUUGGCAACCGGCGGCCAAAACGAAGAACUUCACUUGGACUUGCAGUUGGAGGGGGAGGAGGAGGAGCUUGCGGAGGAGGUGCCUGCCAACCCCACGAAAUCCACCAAGGAACUCGCGAAUCAGCGCCAGCUGCUCGUCGGCAGCGCUCGUCAGUACAAGUCGCCAGAUGCGUCGGUGCGGCGCAAUUUGGAGAACGAGCGGCCGCUCAGUGAGAACCGCUUGCCAAUCCGUCGGUCGGAUGAUAUGGAGCAAUGGGUUACGGACACAUUUUAUUCGUACUUUCCCGGCUUUAACAAUGAAAAUCAGAAGAGGCAGAAUUAUUUGCGUGAGCGACAGCGCGAGAACCAGCAGAACUUUCUCAAGCACCAGAUGCUCCAUCCGCCGGUCACCAAGCAUCAGCGACCGGGACAAGUGAGGAAGGCAUCCCAGGCCGCUGCGGUUCCGGCACAAACCCGCUCCAGCCAAUCCAGCACAAGCACCUCGAACCACAGCACAACGGAUAAGACUGACAUAGAGUUAAUUGUAAAUAGUAAUCCCAACUAUGUGCCGCCCAAGAUUCGGCCAGGCACGACAACACGUCAAAAACUCCUCCAGGAUCUGGGACAUGUGGAGCUCUCGAAUAUUGUAACCGGGGAUGGUGUUAUGGAGCGCAAUCUGCGAAGUGCCGAGCUGGAAACAGCUCGCAAAAAGGAUUACCAGCGGGAUUUGAUGCAGCAAAUCGAUGAGAAACGCCGCUCCAUAGAAUUGAUAAGGGAAAAAGAGCGACGUCAGGAGGAGGCGUUGACGAGGCGACUGGAGGCACAAUUAAAGACAAUACAGUUGGAGGAGCAGUUGGAAAAGGAGCGUCUGCGAGCUGAAAGGGCUCGCAUCGACUCGGAUCAGAACCGCUUGAUGCGUGAACAGUUGUUGGCCAAGCUGGAACAGGAUGCACAGUUGCUGCACGUUAAGGAGACGAACAAUUUAGCCGAAACGCCAAGGACAACGCGUCUUAAAGGCAGGAACAACAACGCCAGUAAUAUCAGCACUGAAGGCAACGCCAACCGGGUGUACAAGUACUUCAGUAACUCGGCCCAUCACGAGUACAGACGUGGCCAGCCUCUGCCGCCGGCCGUUGAGCUGGACUUUGAGGUGCCUCAAAUGGCUAAGAUCGAGCGCGAGUGCUUCCAUCUCUGCGAUAAAAUAUGUCCGCUCUGUGAUGAGCCUUUGAAGAGCUACGAAAGCUGCUGUCUGCGAUGCCAGCGGAAACUGGCCCUGAAGCUCAAGCAAAAGGAAAAGCCCAAGCGAAAUGGAGAAAGUGGAGAGAUUCCAGGAGAAGACCCAGAGGAGGGCAAGGAGGAGGCCGAGGACCGUGAUGAUGGACGGGAGGAGGAAGCAGACCAUAACUGCCAGAGCAGCUACGCUUUGGUGUGUCACAAGUGUGAGCGCCUGUAUGCCAUGUGCACCCAGUGCCUGGCCAAAAGCGAUGUCUGUCGGGCGUGCCAGCGUGAGCGCAAUGUCUGCAUGAACUGUCGCCGCAAUCUGUGCUCCUUUUGCCUCGAGGAGGUUGCUUGCGGCAGGGACACCGAGCGCACGCAUAUUAAUGACAAGGAAACCAUUAGGGAGCCUUCAAACAACGCCUUUCAAGUCCUGGAACUAAACUAUGCUGUUCCGCCGGCCAAGGAUUCCACGGACAGUAAUCAAGCCGAUGUCUCGCCUCCGUACUCCGUUAACAUAUCGCGCAACUCGGUAUUCCAUGCCGAUUAUAAGCCUACGCCUGUUAAACCGUCCAUCCUCGAACAACUGCCGACGACCUCGGGGAGUGCCAACACCAGUUUCGAGCUAGACAGCGCCGACGAGCAGGCUGUGGAGCGGGUGCGACGUCAAACGGAUCAGCGCUUGUCCCGCUACCUCAAGAACUACGGCGAUCUGGCCACCAAGCAGCACCAGAAGGUGCACAGAAGCAAGAGCGAUUCCCGUCAUCGGGGCACUCAAACGACACCCCAGUCAUUGGCCAGAAGGGAUGUUGUCCUCAGGGAGGCGGCUGGUCACAAUCUUUCGAUGCCUCUGCUGCGCGAGAUGCCCAAAAUGACGCGGCAGGAGACGGGCGCACCCUUGGCUGAAAACGGUCAGCGCAAGAUUGACAACCUAAAAAAGCGCUGGGAGGUGCCUGCCGUGCAAAAGUUCACCGUUUCAACAUCAUCGCCUAAAAUCCUUACCCAAGUGGGAGCCAUAAGAAAACAGUUACAGGCGGCGCGAUUCUUUGAUGAUGAAGUUGAUCCGGAAGAUUAUUAAGAAUAGGUCAAUCAUUCUUUUUUAACUCAACAAAAAUGAUUGGUUUGACUUCUCUUUUUAUCCCGAGCAAAACGAAUUUAACUAAUUUGGAUGUCUUCACAUUUUAAAACAUUUGCCAUUAUUAGUUCGUUA